AUGGCCCGAUCACUUCUCUUGAGCGACGACGGCGGUUACUACGGCUACGACGGUUACUACGGCUACGACUGCUACAACUUUUACAAGGGUUACGACGGUAACGACGAAGAAGGCGGACACGGCAGUGACAACAGAGACGGCGGUGAUGGCAGACGACGGGGACGGCGGUGA